AUGCCAACCGUGACGGAUAUUACUGGGAGAAAUCUGUUCCCAUCGGCGAUGGCAUCAGACCAGGAGUCGACGGACGAGGAGCCAGAUAGUGAAAUGCUGAGUGAUGACUUGUGUCUCCAAGACAGCGAUGACGACCGACUGCCAGCCAGAAGUGUUCUGAAUCACUCGGAAGACAUUCCACCUUUGAACUCCUGUUUACUUCGACCACCUCGUAAGCUGUUCACCAAUUGCCGUGAGCGCUGGAGGCAGCAGAACGUCAGCGGAGCAUUCGCAGAACUAAGGAGACUCGUGCCAACGCAUCCACCUGAUAAAAAGUUGUCCAAAAAUGAGAUCUUGAGGAUGGCUAUCAGAUACAUUGGUCUCCUCUGCGAAGUAUUGGAAUGGCAGAAGAACCACGGUCUUCUCACGAAUAAAGAAAACUCCAAUCUUGCUGUGAAAUGUGAAUCUCCAAUCAGUCCGCAGUCGAGACACCUCCGUCUCAAAAGACCGUUCUUUGACGAAGAUGCCAAAAGACCGAAAUUGAUUGACGGAGAUAGCGCUAAAUAUGGCAACGACGAGAACGAAGAAAACUUACGUAGACAUCGGAACGCGAGUUUCAAUAAAGACUAUUAUUUCGGGAAAGACCAUCUGAAAGUCUUGAGGACUCAGUAUUACUUUCCUUCAAGAUGGAGGCAGAAUGUACCCUUCAGAAAUUUGGCUGCAGAACGAAAUGGUAAUAAUCUAUUAAUGAUCGCACCAGCUCAGGCUAAAGAUGAUGACGCUAAGAAUGGUAACAGUAGAAAUAAAGAUAAGAGUGACUUUAAGGAUAAGUAG